AUGGACGCCUCUGCAGUGUCUGAUGCACUAAGCGAUCCCUCUAAUUCUCUUUUGGAGCUGUAUAACUCCCGGAAUGAAUCCGAAGACUUCCCUGCAGUAGUAUACGAACAUUUUUCCAACCUCUUCAGAGCGCCAGACGUGUUUCAUACUAUUCCUGCCCUUAGUGUCAAGAAUCCCCCCGAGGCGCACGCUGAGGGCGCGCUAGUCAGAUUUCGUGCCAUGGUUCAAGACACAUCGCAGUCCCCCGAAAUGUACAUGUCGCGAUUAGCUGAUGGAAGAUGUGGAGGCUGGAACCUCGAGAGUACAGCAGAAGAGGAGGUUCUGCGACAGUCAGAGUAUGCGAGCUUGAGAGAAUGUACUGUCAUCUGGGCCACCAGUGUCCCUGGCGAGGCCGACUGGGUGUUGGAUGCAAUGGAUGGAUCGGCGGGAGCGACACAACGGGUACACGUCCCCGCUCGGCCUCACAAAUUCCCUUUGCCAGACGCACUCCAUGUGGGUGCCCAGGUCAAGAUAUACCAUGCAUCUGGCCUGGACGCGAAACCGACGGAUUUAGUCGACUUCGUCGGCAUUCUUCACAUCGACGUAUUACACGGAGAGCAAGAGGAGGUUCUGUCCGUCCCGACUCUUCAUGUUCUCUUCUCCCGACCAGUCGACCGGUCUAUGGCGUUUCGAGAUCUGCCCCCACCAGACAACAGCGCGGACAUUCGGAAGCAACUGAUCUCAUGGAUCGCAGAGCAGGCCCUGUCCGGGGACUUGGAUGCAGCUGAAUGGGUGUUACUCUCUUGCAUUGCCCAGAUUCAAGCCAGACAGACACCCUUGUUACCACCAUCCCUCACGUUGUCUAAAUUACCUCCUCCUCCAACCCCUUCUUCCGUGCCAGCCCUGUGCAGGGUGCUUUCUCUCCUUCUCCCGCAAGUGAUCACGCUGCCCGCUACUCUUGACAGCUUAAACCAAGCGCGAUUCAUACCAGAAAGCAUGGAAGAAGACUUGCACUCAGGGUACCUGCAAACACCCCAAGGGACUACAGUUGUUGUGGUCGAGGUCGGUUUACAAGAAGGGAAGUUGCGUGAAAGAGGCAUGGCAAACGUCGUGGCCACUCAGAAGGCAAUGUCGUCCCAGACCAUCUCUUAUGUUUUCCCAUUCAGCCAAUUCUCGUUCAACACGGACAUGAACUUCAUCAUCAUGACGGAAGGCAGCAAGAGCGCCUUUUUCAAGACGGAGGUGGUCAUGCCCGUUCAGCCAGAAAGUACUGCAGGUUAUUACCGCAAUGAAAGUGCCAUCACGAAGCCCGCGUCACUGCCCACCUUUCGAUACUACCUGCACAAGGCGAAGAAUCGUAGCGUUACAGUAGGAGAGCAGAUAUCAGAGCUCAUUCAGAGUGAUUUUGUGGAAUCCAGGCGGCACAAUCCAGCGCAAUCACCAGAAGACCUUAUUCUUAGGAUGAAGAUUGCAAAACUUAUGGCACAGUCCCUAGACCUGAAAGAGCUGGACGUUGAGACCUGGCGGAGAAGCACUACACUUCAUGAACGGAGCAUAUUGCGAAUGAGUUCGCAAUAA